GUUUUUUAAGCGACAAAGCUUUGUUGUAAGACAGAAUGCUUCAAACAGCGGUUUGGCGACAGUUCAGGGUAUCUCAUAGUUGUGUAUUGUCUACUACACUUUUCUUAUUUGCUUAUUCUCCACUUCCGCUGCAUUUGUUUGGAUUCUUUUUACAGAACCUUAUGAAAUAGUCAGUGUUUAAAAGUAAAGAAUCAUUGUCUGUUUAUCGUUUCAUUAGUAUAGUAAUAUGACUCAUGUCACAAGAAUUUUAUUCAGCCUUAAUCUGAUUGGUUACGUUACCUCGAAUUCGAUAAUAAAAGUUGGUGCCUUAUUCCCAAAAGUAUCCAAGCAUCGAAGCGAUCCAGAAGUGGCCUUCCAAUACGCUGUAUAUAGGGUAAAUCAUGACAAAAGUCUUUUACCUGAUACCAAUCUGCAACACCAUAUUCAGUAUAUCGGACACGACUCAUUUCAGGCCGUUCAAAAAGUUUGCAAUCUUAUCGAAGGCGGCGUUCAAGCUGUAUUCACACCAACGGAUUCUCUGUUGGCCACCCAUAUCAAUUCAAUAUGUGAUGAUUUGGAUAUACCAGAUAUAGGAAUUGGAAGAUCCGCUCAAGAAUUUUCUGUAAAUGUUCAUCCUUCGCAACAAUAUAUCAAUCAAGCGUUCCUCGAUGUUAUUCGAUACCUAAAUUGGACCAGGUUUGGUAUUUUAUAUGAAAAGGACCACGGUAUAUUAAUAUUAAAUCAAUUUUCACGUUCAACUGAAGCAGAAGUACAUAUCCGACAAGUAUCGUCCGGUUCAUAUUUGUCGGUUCUUAACGAAUUUAAAAACAAUGAAAUUCAUAACAUCCUGAUUGACACAAACUCCGCUGGAAUUUCAAUUUUAUUAAAAAAUAUUCUUCAACAACAAAUGAAUGAAUAUAAAUUUCAUUACUUCUUCACGAGCUUUGACCUGGAAAAUUUUGAUUUGGAGGACUUUAAAUACAAUUUUGUAAAUAUAACAUCAUUUCGACUUGUUGACAUGGGCGAUGUAGCGGUUAAAGAAAUUCUGAAGGACAUUGAAUCUUAUGAUCGUCGGAUUUUAAAUGAAAAUGUUUCUACGUAUAAAUCCCUGAAAACUGUUAGUAUCGAGACAGAGGCAGCUUUGAUGUUUGACUCGGUAUAUGUGUUUGCAAUAGGAUUGCAAUCAAUUUAUCCCUUACUUCAGCUAUCGAAUUUGACUUGUGAUGAAGAAAUGCCGUGGAAUGGGGGUCUGAGCUUGAUUAAUUAUAUAAAUGCGGUUGAAUGGAAAGGAUUAACCGGACCCAUACAGUUUAAAGAAGGUCAACGAAUUCAAUUUAAGCUCGACCUUAUAAAAUUAAAGCAACAUUCAAUAGUAAAAGUUGGUGAAUGGACACCUCAAGAUCAUCUUAAUAUAACGGAGCCGUCAUUAUUUUUUGAUGCUGGUUCAAUGAAUGUAACCUUAGUUGUAAUUACUAUAUUGGAAACACCAUAUGUAAUGAUGCGUUACGGAAAAAAUUAUACGGGAAAUGAACGCUUUUAUGGAUUCUGUGUUGAUAUAUUGGAAACAAUCUCACACGAAGUUGGUUUUGAUUACAUAUUAGAUUUGGUGCCUGAUAGGAAAUAUGGUGCCAAAGAUCCAGAAACAGGGCAAUGGAAUGGAAUGGUUGCUCAGCUUAUGAAAUAUAAGGCGGACUUGGCUGUUGGUUCUAUGACAAUCACAUAUGCAAGAGAAAGUGUUAUAGAUUUCACUAAACCAUUUAUGAAUCUAGGAAUAAGCAUAUUAUUUAAGGUCCCUAUGACGGAGCCAACACGACUAUUUUCAUUUAUGAAUCCACUGGCAAUUGAAAUAUGGAUUUACGUUUUGGCAGCAUAUUUAUUUGUAUCACUAACAAUAUAUUUAUUAGCAAAAUUGUCUCCGAUGGAAUGGCGUAGUAUACACCCAUGUGAUGUGGAUCACUUAACAAUAAGCAACCAAUUUACAAUAUCGGAUAGUUUUUGGUUUACUAUUGGAACGCUUAUGCAGCAGGGAUCUGAUAUAUAUCCAAGAGCUACAUCUACCCGAAUUAUAAGUAGUAUUUGGGGAUUUUUUUCGCUUAUUAUAGUUGCAUCAUAUACUGCUAACUUGGCAGCAUUUUUAACUGUCGAACGUAUGAUCAACCCGAUCGAAAAUGCUGAAGAUUUGGCUAGCCAGACAGAGAUUUCAUACGGAACAUUAGAUAGUGGAUCAACAAUGACCUUCUUUCGGGACUCCAUGAUUGAAACCUAUAAAAAGAUGUGGAGAAUUAUGGAUAAUAAGAAACCUAUGGCGUUCACAUCUACAUAUGAGGAUGGCAUAAGGCGCGUGAACCAGGGUAAUUACGCCUUUUUAAUGGAAUCAACAAUGCUUGACUAUAUUGUUCAACGAGACUGCAAUUUAACACAGAUCGGCGGAUUAUUAGACACAAAAGGAUAUGGUAUUGCUACACCUAAGGGAUCUCCAUGGCGGGAUAAGAUAUCUUUGGCUAUAUUGGAACUUCAAGAAAAAGGAGAUAUUCAAAUGCUAUAUGACAAAUGGUGGAAAAACACUGAUGAGACAUGUAAACGGAUAAGCAGCAAUAAACAAUCGAAAGCAAAUGCAUUAGGACUCGACAGUAUAGGUGGUGUAUUUGUGGUACUAAUUACUGGAAUAUUAGUGGCGUUUAUUGUUUCAUUCUUCGAAUUUAUGAUUAAUUUCCGACGACAGGCGAAAUUAAUGCGAAUUACUCAUUGCAAUUGUAAGAAUCACAAUCAGAUAAGCUAUCCACCUGCUAAGGAUUCACAAACAAGAACCGAUUUGGCAUAUUUACCUCCGCCACGUUCUCUAUGGGUUGAAAUGCUUGAAGAGCUGCGAUUUGCAUUUUGGUGCACUAAUAAACGUCAACGUCCAGAGCUUAAUAGUUGCUGCACCCAAUGCCAAAACUAAUUAUAAUUUAAAUUAAAGCAUAUUAAUUUAUAUUUUUUUAACAACGAUGUAAUGUAAUAAAAACUUGUC